AUGGAUUGUCUGGCAAUUAUUUGGAAUUUUGUCAACACUCAUACCUCAGUUCAGUCAACACAAAAUAUAUCGGCUGUUCUUCAAGGCGGCUACCAGCGAUUGUAUAAAGAUUACUUUGACAAUUCAGCCAUCUACACUGACUAUCAAUUUCACCAACGGUUCCGGAUUCAACAAGGGCUAUUUUUGAAGAUUGUUAAAGACAUCGAACAGCAUGAUACGUACUUCGCUCACAAGGCCAACACGUUGGGUAAUCUAGGCUUGAGAGUAAUUCAAAAGAUCACUGCCUCUCCCCGGAUCUUGGCGUAUGGCGGAUCACACGAUGCAACCGACAAAUACAUUUGUAUAGGAGAAUCCACCGCUUCAAAGAGCCUCUACAAAUUCUGUCAAUCUGUGAUUGAAUUAUACAGUGCCGAGUAUCUUUGA